GUUGUGCGUGGUCAGCCUGAAGCAGCCGCGUGAAGAAAACAGGUGGAAGAAGCCACCAAGGAACCCCUGCUCUCCUUCAGUUGUGAUGAUGGCCGUUGAACAGGAUCGGAGGGCGAGGAACGUCCGUCUGGCGAGCGGCGACGCGUUCUCCCGAAGAGAUCCGUUCGUGAUCGGAGACCAGCUCAGUUUUCCGCUGGACAUGUUUUCCGUCCCUCACCACUACAAGGGCGACGUGAAGGAGAUCAUGAUCCCGCACGGCCUUGUCAUCGACAGGAUCCAGAAACUAGCGAAGGACAUCAGGCACGACUACGCCGACACGACCAUCCACCUUCUGUGCGUCCUCAAGGGGGGAAGCGCCUACUUCCAGGACCUCAUCACCGCUCUCCGGAGAUUUCACGACCACGCCGAUCACUCGUACGUGCCUUUCACGUUCGACUUCAUCAAGGUAAAGUCUUACAAGGGCGUCAGCUCGACGGGCAGCGUGCAGAUCACGGGCGGCGACCUCGCGGCGCUGGAGGGGAAGAACGUUCUGGUGGUGGAAGACAUCAUCGACACAGGGUUGACGAUGGAGUCUCUGCUCCCGGUCCUGGAGGCGCGAGGGGCUAACUCCGUUCGAGUGACCUCACUGCUCGAGAAGAGGACCGAGCUCUCCUCGGGCUUCAGGGGGCACUACGUCGGGUUUAGCAUCCCGGACAAGUUUGUGGUGGGCUACUGCCUGGACUUCAACGAGUUUUUCAGGGACAUGGACCACAUCUGCGUUAUUUCGGACCGCGGUAUCGAGCGAUUCACAGAAGAAACGCGAGGGUGACUGCUGUCAUUAGCUCAACAGCAGAUUCCCUCUUUUUCUGUCGAGCCCUCGCCAGAGUGGAUGCUGCAGUUUUCUGUCGAAACGGAAUGGCAGGGACAUCAGUCCUGCUCAAAACGAGAGAGAGAGAGAGAGAGAGCGUUGUCGAAGGGGGGAAGAAGGCUGGCUUUACAACAGAUGCGAAGGCCAUGGAAGCGCGCGAGUUCUAGCACAGCACUGUGUUGACACGUCAACGCACGUUCGCUCGUACUGUACUGUAGUCUUGCCGCGGGUUUGUAAAGGAGCUUUGUGUGUGUGUGCGUGUAUCGUGCGGUCCUGAAAAAAAUCGCCUUCCCCACUGUACUAUACGAAGUACAUUAUAUUGGCUAUUUUUUCUUGGUCUGUGUUCGAUAGCCAGCAUCGGCGGGAUGCGACUGUCAUCUCAUUCAUCUCCCGGCUUGCAACGGGAGGAUUAAUACGAUCGGGGGGCGGACGGAGGUGCGGAAUGUGUCUGGCUGGCUUGAUGGUAUUUUUUGUCGGGAGAGGUGUUGAAGACUUCCGCAUGUACAUGCAUAUAUUCAUAUUCGGUACGCUGUCCGUGGCACGGUGAUAUACAUCAAGGGAUGAUGGGGGUGAUCACACCAAGCCAGCGCACCGAAUACGAGCCAGCCGUGCGGUGUACGCACGCACUCUGAUUGCUCGGGGUGCGUAUCGCCGACCACGACAGCUCUGGGCAACGCGGAU